AGAAGAAAAAAAACUCAGUAUCUCAGUUUAGUUAUAUUCGAACCCAGGACAGCGUGAUCCGUGACCACAUAUGCUAACCACUGCACCGACGAUGCAUAAACACACACUUUAUAUUAUUGUUAUCAGCAUUAAAGAUAGGUAAGUUGCCACAUCCUGUUUCGUAAGUUCAUAAAAGUAUAUAUAUACCUAACAUAAAAGUAUAUAUAUACCUAACAUAAUUUUAGUGGAAUAGUAAAAUAGUAUAUAGUAGUGCCUAACGUAUUGCAAUUGUAUCUAUAUAAAUAAUAAAAUUAUUUUAUACAAUAUAUAUUUUAUUAUAUAUUUAUAUCUUAUUCUAAUCGUGUUUUUGAUUUCACAAUGAACGGUCGAAGUUUAAUAUAUUUUUUAUUUUUUGGGUCAUAUUUAAUAAACGAAUCUUUGAGUUGUGAAGGAAACCCAAUUUUCUGCGAUUGGACGCGUCAUGGAUGGUAUCAAGAAGCAGACCCAGACGGCGCCUUAGCUAGCCAACUAGAUCGUGUAAACCAAACAGCGAUUCUGUUGUCGCCUUUCUACGAUAGUGAUUUGACUGAAACGGGCUGUUUCACCUUCAGUUUUAAUAUCGUAAAUAUGGGAGGAUAUAAACUCCAGAUCUACCAAUUACCAGUAUAUUUAUCAUAUACAGAGUUGCGUCAAAACAACGAAAAAAGAGAUUACUACAAACUUUUUGAAGAAACGCCUAGGCAUAAGUUUGAGACACACUUGGUCUAUGUGCUGCCACUUAAGAAAUCUAAUUACGACUUUCAGAUUUUCAUAGAAGUGAUGAAGCUCAGUAAAGACAUUGUGCUUAUGGCAGUACACAACGUCUGUAUACUCCAAGGUAGCGACUGCUCAGCAGCUCAAAGAGUCGCCGAUAAUCCAAGUCAAGAUUUCGAUGAAGAGAUUUAUGAAACAACAACACAUACAACAGAUUUACUAUCAACACAAUCAACCGAAACUUCAUCAGUAAUAACAACACGAUCAACAGAAGUUUCAUUAGAAAUUACAAGAGAUCUACCAACAACACAAUCAACGGAAGCUUCAUCAGAAAUUACAACAGAUCUACCAACAACACAAUCAACAGAAGCUUCACCAGAAAAUACAACAGAUCUACCAGUAUCUACAAAUGCUUCAUCAGCGAUUACAACAGAUCUACCAGUAUCUACAAAUGCUUCAUCAGCGAUUACAACAGAUCUACCAGUAUCUACAAAUGCUUCAUCAGCGAUUACAACAGAUCUACCAGUAUCUACAAAUGCUUCACCAGAGAUCACAAUAGAUCUACCAGUAUCUAUAAAUGCUUCAUCAGCGAUUACUACAGAUCUACCAGUAUCUAUAAAUGCUUCACCAGAGAUUACAACAGUUCUACAACAAUCAACAGCUCCAUCAGCAGCGUCAACCUCAUCACCAAUAACAACAGACAUGAUCUUUCCUUCAACAAUAAAGCAAUUUCCACCAGGUUUUAACGGUAUUCAUCCAAAAGUAGUCGAGUGGAUUGUCCGAGCGUACUAUUAGACGGACGGGGGCUGCAAAUUCUAAAGGAGACCGACCAAGAACCUAGCACUGUACAGGAAGCAAUAAAUGACAAGAAAUCGUUUAUUUUCAUUGGAAUUCACAGUUUUUAAUAGCUUUUGCAACUGUGAAUUCUGUUUUUUUGUUGAAAUCGUGUAUUUAAUUACGUACACGCCACGCCCCGGCCACGGCUCGGUAUUGUUUCGUGGUUACAUGACUACAUUAGCUAUAAGGCUAAUAAAUUGUUUUAUUUUAAGUUUUGAAGUACUUUUUCGUCAUCAUCAUCAUUAUAAGUAUAUCAUUAUUAUAACGGCAAUCUAUAUAGCCAGACCUAUUUUUAAUGUUUAUGCGAUAAUUCAAUAAUUUUAAGCAAUUGGAGAAUGUUACUUCGUACGCAAAAUCACUUGCAACUUUGUUACAUUAAAGCUUUUAUUCACACAGA